UCAGCUGCUGCAGCGCCUGAGAAAGUCGAGCGGUCGCGACCCCCGCACAGAGUGAAGCCUGCGUUGAGAUACGAAUCGCGUCUCAAAGGCGACAUCUACACCGAGCCUUGCAGCGAGGCUUGCUGACUUGGAUGCUACUGGUAGUAGCGUACUACCGCCACAUACGCCUCGGCUUCCACCCACAGCUAUCAGCUACGCGCAGUCGUCGAGCUCACGUGCUGUGGCUCUUCACAAAGAUUUCAAGUGAAUUUAGGCGGCCCGUCUCUGCCACGAAUAUGUCCACCAGUUUCAGUCAUUCAAAUGGGCCAAAAGACCCGACCCGACACAAAGACCCGCCCGUAUUAACCGCUCGCUUCUCUUCGCUGAACAGAACUGAGUGAAUGUCGCACUUGGCAAAGCCCCCCAGACGCUAGUUUCGAAUUGGCUGUGUAUCCCGUAGGUCUUCGCUCGAAGCUCCCCAGGCCGCCCGUGAUGCCGCCCAGCUUGAUGCUGUCCCCGCAGCCGCAGGACGACGCGUCGACGUCUCUGGCCUCGUCGUUCAGCAAGACGCCGUCCAGUCCACUGCUGGCCAAGCCGGCGCUGGGGCUACCUCCACGCCCCACCACAGCCAGCGUAAACCCCGCCAAAGCCGCUGCGACCAUCACUCGCGCGCGUACCCAGAGCCUCCCGAAUGCCGGCGAGCAAUUGAUGGGCAAGGACAGCCCAUGGAUGCAACAGGCUGUGGAUCGCGGGCUUUUCCGCCGCUUCGAGGAGGUCAGCAACGAAGUCGCGAGGCUCAGACGUAUCCAGAACAUGGACGUCUUCUCCUCCGAGGCUGGAGACGUGGCCGAGCCUCAUCCGGAGCUCGCACAGGUGCAGACAGAGCUCAGUCGUGCGAGACGCCGCUCCGUCCGCAUCCGCGAGGACCAGAAACACAUGAUACAGCAGUUCGAGUCCCAGCAGGACCGAGGUAUGAUCAAGAAAUAUCUAGCUAUGGCCACGGGCUCUGCGGGCCACCAGAAGCGGAAGACUGAGGAGCUCAAGAAGAAACUGGGCCACCACAUGGCCGAGGCUGUACGUGCCGACGCCGAGCUCCAGAGACUCGAGCGACGCUCCAGCUCCCUUGUGGACGACUGGAAGCGCCGCUCUUCGUUCUCUAGUAGUCGCAGCUACUCUGUCCAACCAGAGGGCGAGGAAGACGUGGAGAUGAGUGAGAGUUGCACACAGGAAGACGACGUGUGCUUCGAUGACGAGGACGACAUGGACGUCGAUGAACGACUCGAGCAGCUCGAGAGGGAGAAGCAAAGACUAUUGGGGCUAUUGCUCAGGACGCUGCGUCUUCCAGACGCCCUGCAGAUGCACACAAACGUGGCCAUGUACGCCUCCGAGGUGCAGUCCUGUGAGUCCAUCAAGAAGCAGAUCGACCGCGCCACGGGGCUCUAUCACCAGGCCUUGCAGCUGCUACGUAUGGCCAUGGCCACUGUCGUAUCCUCUCAGUACUCUGGCUCUGUGAAGGAGUUCGCCAAUGGUCCAUUCGCUCUUACAGUGGAGGCUGGACAGCUCAUGGAGGCUGCAAACAUCGGCAUCCAGCCGGAAGCUCGUCGUAGAUACCGACAAUUCGCUCGCGAGCUUCAGAACUUGCGUCUGCCCAAGUUUCCUCAGGUCGUGAGCGACUUUGUGCGUCGCGCACGAACCAACUUCGACCCUCGUAGUGCUCUGGCUCAGGAAGCUGUGAGGAGGCUCCCAGCGUGCGAGACCACCAUGGUCAUGACGCACAAGAUCGUGAUCGAGAAGCUGGAGCAGCUGGACCGGUGGAAACGCACAGUGGAGCAGGACCAGACUUACGCUCAGACCUCCCAGCGUCGUCUGGAGACGCACCUGCAACAGCGUCUGGCUGUGUUGGCUCGAUCCGUGUCGGUCUGAAGCCGUUCACCACCUUAGCGACGCAUACAGGUGCGUUGCUUUAAGAGGGCGGGAGCUUCCUGCCUUCCUAGUAAAUUGUUCAUAAUUUAUGCGUACGGGCGACAAGAGAUGUGAGAGCAUUAAAGACUCGCCUCACACGUUCGAGAGUUCCCGGCAUCCAAUUUCUAAUAGAUCUCCCUGCAUCUUCACGGUAAUAACGAGGCCAGCACGAGGUAAACGAAGUGGUAAGAAAACAACAAAUUGGCUUACAUGUAUGUACCGAUAGUAUUGACACGACCCCAUCCCGUCUAGCUGUGCUGGUCUCACUGGCCCCAGUCGUCCAUGUUGACGUCGUUGUUGUCGGACUGAUCCAUUCCGUGUCCGCGGUACGAUCGCCCCAUCAAAAAGUCCUGACUCCGCGACUGGUCUGUCUGUUGCUGCAACUCGUUGGCGAACAUGUGAUGGUCGGAGAGUUGACGCUGCUGGCCAGGCAAACCCUGCGAACCGAAGACAUCUUGCGAGUGCAUCUGCCCUUCGUCGCCGUAGAAGCUCGUGCGUGGUGCCGUCGGUCCUGGUUCGCUGCGCGGGACUUCGUACGGUGCUCCGCGGAUCCCUCCCUGUGCAAAGUGGCUCGAGUCCUGAUGUCGCACCACGUCGUGGAUAUCCAUCCCCAUCUGAGCUGCCUGCUGCGCGUAGAUAUCUUGCUGCCCCGUGCCCAUACCGAGCAUUCCCUUGGGCAUAUCACCGUACAGAGGGUGCUGAAUCUGACGAGAGUGUUGCUGCUGCUGAAGUGUCGCCUGUUGUUGCUGGAGCUGUUGCUGCUGGCUGAGCAUCUGCAAGUGAGACGAUCCGGAUGCCACGACUUGAGGCAGAUUGGGCGCUUUACUGCGUUGGAACUGGCGCUGCUGUUCUUGUUGAUGACGCUGGAGCUCCAUUCGUUGUUGCUCCUGCUGUCGUCGUUGCUGCUCUUGACGUUGCUUCUCCUUACGCUGCUGUUCAAGUUCCAGCCGUUGUUGUUCCAGCCUUUGUUGCUCUUGGCGCUGCUUUUCCUGUUCUAGCCGUUGCUGUUCUAGCCGCUGCUGUUCCAGACGCUGUUGUUCAAGACGUUGCUGCUCCAAGCGCUUUUGUUGCUCGAGACGUUUCUGCUGCUCUAGCCGUUGUUGCUCUAAGCGCCGCUGUUCCUCAACGCGACGUUGCUCCUCUAAGCGACGCUGCUCUUCAAUGCGUUGUUGUUCGAUGCGCUGCUGUUCGCGACGUUCUUGUUCCAGCCGUUCUUGUUCUCGACGCUGUUGCUCGCGACGUUCCUUCUCCAAGCGUUGUCGUUGCUUCUCAAGGCGUUCUCUCUCUUGACGCUCUCUCUCUCGUCGUUCUUGCUCUUGGCGCUGUUGCUCUAGUUGGCGUUGCCUUUCAAGUUGAUGCUGCCUUUCCAACUGCUGCCUUUCCAACUCUCUCUUCUUCUCUUCUCGUUGGCGCUGCUGCUCAAUGCGUUCUUGUUCGAGACGCUGCUGAUGCUGCUGCUGUUUAUUCAAAACUUCGAGCGCUUGGUCCAGAAACGAUUGCUGGUCUUGUUUGUCGCGCUUGCUGCUUGUUCCUUUCCCUCCGCGAAUGGAAAAUUGACCAGGCGAAGCCUCCGUCGCAGACUUUCCACUCAUGGGCGGAGAGGUGAGAAGGUCAGUACGCGAGUCGCCUCCUCCUGAAAUGUCCGGCAGCACUGAAGAAAUGUCAGCGAUUGCGCGAGAUGCUUGCUCUAGAUCUGCUUCGCUGUCCUCCUCAUUGUCGCCGCGCGACUUGCUUUCGGCAGAGCUGUAGUUGGACUCCUUGGCAUCCGAAUCUUCGCUUCCAAGCAGCGACGAAAUGCCUUUCAUUUCACUAGAUGAGGCAGCUUUCAGUGGCGUAGCAGCUGCGUUGGAGCGAUUACCGGUGGCGGGGUCAUCCUUGCUCAAGCGUUGUUUCUUCGCUUCAGGUUCUUCUGCGCUCGCCUCGCCGUCAUCAGUACUCUGGUGGUCCUGAGCAGCUCGUUCUUCUUCUUCUCGUGUCUUCUUGGCUUUUUCUUCGGCCUCCGCUUCCUCCUUAAUCCUCAGCUCUUCUUCCUCUUGUUCAGCUUUCAAAUCACGACACUUUUGGUACAACAUGUCCGUCAUGUUGACGAUCUCGUCGCUCAGAUGCUCUUCGCGAGCGAUCUUCAAGAUCCCAGAAAGCGUCUUGCGCAUGCGAGCGCGAUUCUGACGGAUGGCCUUCAUGUUCACCUCAUAGUUCGCGAUUUGGCGCUCAAUAAGGCGACGCGACGGAGGGAUCUUCACCUUGGCAAACAGUGCCGGGGUAGGUGGCAGUGGCAAAGCGCUUGGACGCUUUCGCUUCGUGCCGAUUAGAGUCAGCGACUUGUUCAAACUGGACGUCAUCUUCUCGAAAUGGCGCUCCAUCUUCGUCCACUCGUUCACGGACUCCGUGAUAUCACGGAGCUUAUCCAGUAACACGGUUAGUAGCAGCUGGUCACUGCUCGUGGUCAUGAGCUUCGUACUGUAGCGGUAUGACGGCACAAAGCGGUCGUUGAUGUUGGUGGAUCGGAUAAAGUUGCGACGGUGGUUGAUACUCGCCAGAAGCGUCUCGGUAAAGUGAAUCUUCUGCUCGCACGUGCUCAAGUCGCUGGAGUACUGAUCAAUCAAGUCCACCACCUUGGUAAUGACCCUGGCCUCUGCAGUUCGUGACUCCUCCAGUUCCAUAAGCUCACUUUCAGCACUGCGUAAGUUCUUUUCGGUGCGCUUGGCCAGAGCGUUAGUGGUGCGCUCAAACUGCGAUUGCGAGGACAAAAUCUGGUGUCGUAGGUCGAAGAUCUUGAUGAGAGCAUCCACUUCCGAGUUGGUGUUACCAUCGUGAUCAGUUCCCGCCUUGUCGUCCUGCUCAUCGUCAUCGUCACUUUCUGGUCGAGUAGCCGCCAGGAUUUCACGUUUCCCAUACUCUACGAGUUGAACGAGCUGAGUUUUUUCGAGGUGCACCAGCGUCGCACCGGUGCUGUUAGCGAUCAGAUUGGCUCGCUCUGUUUUCGACGACACAUCGGCGAUGAGACUAUCGAUCAGCACGAGGAACUUUUCUUCGGCCUGAAGAAAUGCGGAACAUAACGUUAGAAGGUAUGCAGGGGUAUUAUGAAGUGAACAGGUCUCACGUACACUGGUAGACUUCGCAACCUUGGCAUCUACAAGCUGCGUAUCGUCUUCCGUGCAUUUGGUUGUUGCAUCCCCCUUGUUGGUCUCGUUUUCUUUUUCCGGGUUCUCUGCCUGUACUGCUGCAUCGUCAGCAUUCAACGUGUCGAUAGCCUCCUGUUUGAUCUCCUUCUCCUUCAGAAAUUCAACAGGCGUCGACGUGGCCUCGUUCUGCUCCUCAGUAGUUGUCGCCUCACCGGCAGAGGCUUCACUAGCUGCUUCGUCGUUUGGAGCAGCCGUGUCUUUUUUCGACUCAUCUGAGUCCACUGAAGCAGAUGCGCUAUCACCAGUCGAGUCGUCGGUCUUCUCGUCCGCCUCAGCAACUGCGUCUUCAGCAUCCUUUUCCUUCUCUGCAUCUUUGUCCUUGUCAUCCUCGGUUGAAGCUUCCUCCUGCGCCUUGUCCUCGCUAGAAGGUUCUUCCUCGGCCUCCGCAGUGACAUCUUCGGCCUCCAUAGUGGCAGCUUCGGCCUCAAUCGCCUCCUUGGGCUUUUCCUGCUUCUCCUUUUCCUUCUGCUCUGCGAUUCUCUCCACGAGCACUCGUCGUGUCUGCUGGAGGAACUCGAGGAUCCUGUUGGCUUGGCCUGUCAGACAUUUCUCGCAGAACCAGGGAGCCGGUGGUGCUGUCUGAAGCGCCGGAGUUGCACACUUGAAGUGGGUUUUACUAUGGCAAGCGCUGCACUGGGCCACGUCCGUCGUGGCUUCUGUCCUACAGGUUGCGCACUUCUGUACUCGAAAAAAGAAAUCACCCUGUCAGUAUAACCUCUCAGUUGUCAUAAUUGUCACCACAGCUACACACUGGAGCUGCGUUCUGCUUCGCUUGAGCUGCUGCUGCCGCUGCCUGAACUGCCAUACGCUCCUUCGCUGUGGGUGACGGUGUGGGCGCCUUCUUCUCUUUCUGGACGGAGCGAGCGUUUGUGCCGCGUUUGCGGAUGUUGAGACGGUCUUUUAUGUCCUUGAGACUCUCUCCUGAGGCCGCUGAGUACAUGGACGACCAGCCCGCGUCCGUCUUGAGAGCUGCAUGUAUUGUAAAAGGGAGGAAAGAAGUGAGGAGGACCAUGGGAUCAGCCGUCUAAGAGACAAGACGUACAGGGAUUGAGAGUGCGCUUCAUGUGCAGCGCACAAGGCACAGGCGACGUGUAGACCUGGUCCUUAAAGCGGAUGGAGCCGUCGGGCAGCAGGUCCGCGUACACCCGCUUGCGGUAGUAGGACACAUAGAGCUUUUUGGGGCCAGGCGCCAGCAAUUUCUCGUUGAUGAGCGUCGUCAGCACGAUGCGCGCAUCUCCCUACAGUGGACAAUGUUAGAGACAGCGAGGGGGGAGAAGAUUGCGGCCAGCGCGGGCAGCGCACCAUGAUGAAGGACGGGACGAGUGCGGAGCGCGCGCUUUGUUUUGCGCUUUUCGCUUUCUAUGAGGGGGAGACAGCAAAAACCCGCAACGAGUUGUGAUUGGAUCAUAAAUAUACUCUUAAGUAAGU